AUGUCCAUAAACGAGGAUGAUGUGAAUAAUGAUUCUGAUAAUGAUUUGGGUGAUGAUUUCGAUUAUCAACCGAAUGCAGAAGACGAUGCUGAAGACGACGAUGUGGAUUCGCUGGAUUCUACUAGCAAGAGUGAAGAAGUUUGUGGUGUAAAAAGAAUAGCAGAUUUAAUGGUGGAGGAUAUUUGGAACCUGGAGUUUAGGACAGAGGAUGAGGCAUGCCAGUUUUAUAACGCUUAUUCUUGUUGGCAUGGAUUUGUAAUAAGGAAGGACGACGUGGUUAGGGAUAAUCAAGGUAGAAUCAUUAGCAGGCAACUUGUUUGCAACAAAGAGGGCUGGAGGAAUAUGAGGUAUCUCCAUCUAGAUGAUAGAUCAAGGGAGGCAAGGUCACUAACGCGAACCAAGUGUCCAGCUCCGCUUAGGGUAAAGCUUGACUACGGCUGCGGUAGAUGGAAGACUGUUAUCUUCGGCUCUGGCCUACUAUCCGACGAAACCACAAAGACGUAUAAGUGGUUGUUGGAAACCUUUGUUGAAGUGAUGGGUGGGAAAAGUCCAAAAGCAAUAAUAACUGACGGAGACCUUGCCAUGCGAGAUGCAAUCAAGAAUGGUCUUAUAUACGACAACAACGACCAGAGAGACUUUGAUCGGAGAUGGGCAGCCAUUUUGGAUAAGCACAACCUUGUUGGCAGUACCUGGAUGGAAAAGACGUACGAAACUCGUGAGAUGUGGUCCCAUUGUUUCCUCCGGGAUAAGUUUUUCGGUUACAUAAGGACGACAUCACAGUGUGAAGGUAUAAAUUCUCUCAUCAGAUUUUAUGUUAAUUGCAAGAACACCCUCAUUGACUUCAUGCAUAACCUGGAUAGGGCCUUAAAGGAGUAUAGAAACAACGAGUUAAUAGCUGACUAUAAGUCUCAGUGCUCAGAGCCAGUGAUGAUUACCUCGUUGGAGGUAUAUGAAAGAUUUGCAUCAUGUUAUUUCACGCGAAACAUUUUCAAGGAAAUUCGUAAUGAGAUUCAGAGGGCAAGGGCUUUGAAUAUAACGGUACUAAGCACAACCUUGGACAAGGUAGAGUUCAGUGUGACUGCUCUCGGAGACCCGGCCAAAGAUCGACGGGUGGAAGUCGAUAGAGGUAAGAAGCUGUUCUCGUGCUCGUGCAAGCUGUUUGAAUCACGUGGUAUUCCCUGUAGUCAUAUCUUUUGUGCCAUGAAGUUCGAAAACAUACAUGAGUUUCCAGAUUCGUUGAUAUACAAAAGGUGGACAAAGAAUGCAAAGAACGAAUUUAUUAGCACAGAAAUGCAUGUGAAUGAUGACAUCGAAAGGGUCUUAAAGUUUCGAGUUGGAGCAUUGGCAUCGAAUUGCAACAAGCUGUGUGAUAUUGCUUGCAAGGAUCUUGCAGACUUUGAUGAAGUCCAGUCUGAACUUGUCAAUUUAGUUAUCCGCCUGCAGUCACGCAAACAAGGCAAGUCAACUCCUAAUGUUAACGUGGAAGACAUCAACGAUCCAUUUGUUGUCAAAAGCAAAGGAGCCCCUUCCAAGAAGUCUUCUUGGAGGAAGAAGAGAGCAUGCUCUAAUUGCCACAAGUACGGUCAUUACUACAAGCGCUGUCCAGAUCUGAUGCAGCAUAGUGUUGAAGGUAACCAUCGCGAUCGAUACCGCAAUGCAUCAGCCAAGGACUUAGGUUUUAGUCCAGAGAGGUUUGCUAAUUCUUCGAGGUCGUUCUCAAUUAAGUCCGAACACUACUUAGGACCUAAUACCAAGCCUUUUAAAAAGGGUGGAACAAGGAAGUUUACGGCGACGGGUAUGAGGAACCGGAAGGGUAAAGACAACACUUUUGUUGAGCGGAGCCUCCAUGAAAGCAGCGAAUCCAUUGACAUCGCGUCGACGAAUGGUGUUUUCAAUAAAAAUCUCUACUCGUUAACACAGGUGAAGGAGUCACAGCAGGACAAGAGACAUUCAUUCACGAAAUAUGAAUGCGUUAAUGAUGUCGUUGAUGAUAAAUGUGACACACGACAUGUGCAGAUCGAUGUCUGA